ACAAUGCACAGCUACAAAGCUGCUAGGAUUUGUUAGGCUAGUAGCUGAAGCUACAUUUAUCAUAUGCGAAGUGUAAAUGGGAAGCUGUCUAUCUAAUUAUAUCAUGUUCAGCUCUUCUAUAACACACCACUCAACAUUUUAGGUGUAGCUACUUCACGCGAACUAGUGGAGUAUGUACGUUGCUAGCUAGCUCUUUGCAUGGCAUGCACAUUUAGGAUUUUGCCGAUUGAGAGGAUAGUUAGCAAGCUAGCAUUGCGUUGCCCUGCCCGCCAUCUUUUUAAAGGAAUAGAUUGUGAUGCUACGUAAUCAUCAUGCACACCAUCGCUACAUGGCACAGACACUCAGGUCAUGAGAUGGGAUGUGUGUACUGCUGGAGGAAUAAGGAGCUGAAAGAGGAGCAAAGUAUCCAUUGAAAACACUCAGACGUUUUGCAGAACUGGGAAGAAGUGUUCUCCUGUUGCCAGUAUGUCGGCUGUUCCUGCGGCCGUCCCGACGCUUGUUAAUCCACCGCCACCAGAGUUCUUCAACCCCAACAAGCCUGGCAGGAAAACUAACCAACUACAGUACAUGCAGAAUGUUGUGGUGAAGACUCUAUGGAAACAUCAGUUUGCGUGGCCCUUUUAUACACCUGUGGAUACCAUCAAAUUAUGUCUUGCUGACUAUCAUAAAGUUAUCAAGAGCCCAAUGGACAUGGGAACAAUAAAGAAGAGGCUAGAGAAUAACUACUAUUGGAGCGCCAGCGAGUGCAUGCAGGACUUCAACACAAUGUUUACCAACUGUUACAUCUACAACAAGCCUACAGAUGACAUUGUGCUGAUGGCCCAAGCUCUGGAGAAAAUCUUCUUACAGAAAGUGUCUCAAAUGCCUCAGGAGGAGGUGGAGCUGCUACCACCGGCCCCCAAAGUUAAAGCUGCCCACAAACCAGGAGGGCCUAUUAGUGCAGGCAGCCAAGCAGAGGCUGAGCCAACAGAUUCACCCCCAUCCACUUAUCCCAGCUCCCCUCCACCUGUUUGUCAGGCUCCUGUCAUAGCAGCCACGCCAGUGCCAACCAUCAUCUCUGUUAUCCCUGUCCAAGCUGUGUCUCCCGCUGCCUCCAUGAUGGCUGUGGUUCCCACAGCACAGCCAGUCAUCAAAAAAAAGGGGGUGAAGCGGAAAGCAGACACAACAACUCCCACAACCUCAGCAAUCUCGGCCAGUAGAAGUGACUCCCCUACCCAGCUCCUGGAAUCCCAACAGGGGAAAGUCUCAUCCAGGCGGGAGAGCACGGUGCGACCCGUUAAACCCCCCAAGAAGGGCACCGAGGACGGAGAGGUGCCACUGCUCGGUGGCAAGAAAGGCAAGCCCGGCGAGCAGCUCAAGCACUGCGACUUCAUCCUGAAGGAGAUGCUCUCCAAGAAGCAUGCAGCCUACGCUUGGCCUUUCUAUAAGCCUGUAGAUGCGGAGGCGCUAGAACUGCAUGACUACCAUGAGAUCAUCAAGCACCCCAUGGACCUCAGCACUGUCAAAAAAAAAAUUGACAGUCAAGAUUACCCAGAUGCCCAAAGCUUUGCGACGGACGUCCGGUUAAUGUUCUCAAAUUGCUACAAGUACAACCCCCCCGACCACGAGGUUGUAGCCAUGGCCAGGAAGCUACAGGAUGUGUUUGAGAUGCGAUUUGCCAAGAUGCCAGACGAGCCCGUUGACGCCACCCAGCCCUCCACCACGCCGGUGGUAAGCAAGAGUACAGAGAGCAGUGAGAGCAGCGGCAACACCUCCAGCUCGGAGAGCUCGGACUCAGAGGAGGAGCGGGCCAUGCGGCUCGCCGAACUGCAGGAACAGGUGGGUUCGGAACAGCAAAUCACUGUGGAGCACCCCAAUGGUAACAGGGCGGGGGAAAAAAACGGGUGUGCCAAACGUUUUCAGCUGAAGGCCGUUCACGAACAGCUGGCUGUUCUGUCACAGGCCCCAGUAAGUAAACCAAAGAAAAGGGAGAAAAGGGAAAAAGAGAAGAAAGAGAAGGACAAGGGGAAGGCUGAUGACAAGAAGAAACCCAAGUCAGCACCCCAAGUCAAGCCAGCUAAUCAGAAAAAGGCUCCAGCCCGGAAACCAAACAGCAUGGUGGUGGCUACCAGGCAACCGAAGAAAGGGUCCAAGGUGGUGGUGGCGAACAACGAGUCAGAAGAGGAGCCAUCCCUUCCCAUGUCGUACGACGAGAAGCGCCAGCUCAGCCUUGACAUCAACCGUCUUCCGGGUGAGAAGUUGGGCAGGGUGGUCCACAUCAUCCAGUCCCGGGAGCCAUCGUUGCGUGACUCCAAUCCAGACGAGAUAGAGAUAGACUUUGAGACACUCAAACCCUCAACCCUUCGUGAGCUCGAACGAUACGUCAAGUCCUGUUUGCAGAAAAAGCAGCGGAAACUUUUACAGAAGGCAGGCUCCUCGACGCCAGCAGGGGGCGCCUCUCGGCUGAGCGGCAGCAGCAGCUCCUCUGACUCUGGCAGUAGCAGCUCCAGUGGCUCCAGCUCAGAAAGCAGCGACUCCGAUUGAUCAGAGAAAGACCCCCAUACCCUGAGUCCCUCUCUCACCUUAGGUAAUCUACCCUCCUUUUUAGCUAGUAGGGUAUUGUCUUCUUUUCUUCCCCUGGAUUACUUUUAUAAGAUAAUGAAGACUUUCGAUGACUGAAGAUAUUGAUCAUGUUUUGUAUUUAGAAAGUAGGAAAACGUGUAAGAAGAUAUAGCUGACAUAGUCAGGGUUUGUUUUUGCUGGCCCUCAAAGGGAAAUGCCUGGUAUCACCAGAACCACAUGUUAGUUAUUUUAAUUGAAGAGAGAAAAAAAAUCUGCUUUACAUGGGUGCUCGUAGCUGAAUCAACUUUGAAAGACUGUUAUACCAGUAGGACAUCUUUAAAAACACUAAGAUUGAUUUUGGUUUGGACAACAUUGUCUCAAGGGACAAAUGUUUUUUCUCUUCCUGGGAAGGCUGUUGCCUGUAGUUUGACCUUUGCCACCUCACAACAUUCCAUUCCAUUUUGUUUUACUUUAUGUAUACAGCUAUAUUGAAGAAAUUAAGACGAUUGUUAUUUUUAUGAGCAUAAAUCUCAUUUCCAUUGACAAUGCAAAACAAAUGGUUACUAGUCAUCUAUCGCAAAGAAUUUAUUUUUGUUAUCAAUCUUCCAUGCUCCAAUCAGUAUUUAAAUCUGUUAUGUCUCAAGGGUCUGUUAAAAUAUAGUUGUGGGUUAACACUAGACUGCAGUUGAAUAGAACAUUGACUUAAUCAUGGCCCUAUCUGUAUUUCCUGAGGAUAUUUUAUAUACACAUUUGUGGCAAAGUAAAGUUGCUAUUCGAACACCUUUUGCUGAUUGUCUAAUUAUCAUUUUUGUGUCUUGUUUUCUUAGCAGUGUUUUGCUUUGAUAUUUUGCAUCAAGAAUGUGGAGCAUAUACAAAUUAACUUGUUUGGUUUGAUACUUCCCAAAGUAAUGUAUUACUAGAUGUACUCAUACCUUUUAACAUAUACUUCUUUAUAAAGAGUUCACCUGAUGAUUUGUCAGGUGAUUUUCUUUUAUCAAGCAGUUGAGACUGAGUUCUAUGUUUUUCUCAAUUUUAUUCGAUAGUUCUUGACACUUCUAUUGUCCUUUACAUGUAUCUAUGCAGCCAGUGUUUAAUGUUAAAUGCUCCUCUCCUAAAAUGUUUAGACACGCAUCACAUACUCUUGUGAUUUGUUUCCUGGCCUGUUUGUAUAUUUGGCAUGUGCCAUAUCUGACAACUUUCAUUAUUGAAUGAAAUAACUAUUUCCAUUGUCUGUGUAUGGGCUAGUCUUUCAUUGAACAUGAUGGUUAUAUUCCACAUGUAGGUGAAUUAACACUUACAGUAUAGCCUGUUUCUUUUGAGUGGAGAGCAAUGGGCUCUCCAUCUCAUCUGGGUGAUCGACUAAACACAAAAUGUAUAAAAACUCAAUUGGUUUACUCAAGACCAAAUUAUUUUGGCAACAUUUGAGCAUUGCAAAGACCUCUGUAAACAAAGCUACACUGAACAAAAAUAUAAACACAAAAUAUAAACAUGCAACAAUUUCAACGAUUUUACUGAGUUAAAAUUCAUAUAAGCCUAAUCUAUGGAUUCACAUGAAUGAGAAUACCAAUAUGCAUCUGUUGGUCACAGAUACCUUUUUAAAGGUAGGGGCGUGGAUCAGAAAACCAGUCGGUUCGCCAUUUGCAGUGCGAAACAUCUCCUUCGCAUAGAGUUGAUUAGGCUGCUAAUUGUGACCUGCUCAAUGGGUGACAUGUCUGGUGAUUUUGCAGGCCAUGGAAGAACUGGGACAUGUUCAGCUUUGAAGGAAUUGUGUGCAGAUCCUUGCAAAAUGGGGCCGUGCAUUAUCAUGAUGAAACAUGAGGUGAUGGCGGCGGAUGAACGGCAGCAUGCCAGUGGCCAUCUAAGAGAAGCAUUUGCCCACUGAAGUCGGAAACGACGCCAAACUGCAGUCAGGUCAAGACCCUGGUGAGGACGUCGAGCACGCAGAUGAGCUUCCCUUAUACGUUCUGGUGAAAUUCUUCGGUUGUGCAAACCCGCAUUUUCAUCAAGCAGGCUGGAGGAUCACACAGCUGAAGAAGCCUGAUGUGGAGGUCCUGGGCUGGACGUGGUUCCUCGUGGUCAGAGGUUGUGAGGCCGGUUGGACGUACUGCCAAAUUCUCUAAAACGACAUUGGUAGAGAAAUGAACAUUACAUUCUCUGGUAACAGCUCUGGUGGACAUUCCUGCAGUCAGCAGGCCAAUUGCACACUCCCUCAACUUGAGACAUCUGUGGUGUUGUGACAAAACUGCACAUUUUAGACCUGAUGUUUUAUUGCCCCCAGCACAAGGUGCACCUGUGUACUGAUCGUGUUGUUUAAUCAGCGUCUUAAUAUGCCACAUCUGUCAGGGGGAUGGAUUAUCUUGGCAAAUGAAAAAUGCCCACUAACAAGGAUGUAAACAAAUUUGAGAGAAGUAAGCUUUUUGUGCAUAUGUAAAAUUUUGGGGAUCUUUUAUUUCAGCUCAUGAAACAUGGGACCAACACUUCACAUGUUGCGUGUAUAUUUUUGUUUAGUGUAGUUAAGUGUCCUAAUAAACAAUGUAGUCCAAAUUCAGAAUAAUGUAUUCAAAGUGCGUGUUUACCCUUUUACAAAUACACCUGCUGUGACUGGGUUUUUACUAUUAUGUAUGUGAGGUGGUAAAUGUAUUUGCGAUCGAUUAGAGAAUUUACAAUGGCAGUUCAUGAAUCUGAGAUCAUUAAAUUAGUUGCUAGUAGUGGUGAUUAUUUUUUUUUACUUUUAACAGCUAAAUUCUCAUUAACACAGACAACCUCUUACAUUAAAACAUUUAAAAACA